GGCACUGUUUGGGGACAGCCAUAUCUCUGAUUCCAUAAAGCGGUUUUCUAUGUAAAGUUGGCAGAGAAUCAGAACAAUGCCUCCACGGCCAUCGUCGGGUGAACUGUGGGGCAUCCACUUGAUGCCCCCACGAAUCCUAGUGGAAUGUUUACUCCCAAAUGGAAUGAUAGUGACUUUAGAAUGCCUCCGUGAGGCUACACUAAUCACCAUCAAGCAUGAACUGUUUAAAGAAGCCAGAAAAUACCCUCUGCAUCAGCUUCUGCAAGAUGAAUCUUCUUACAUUUUUGUAAGUGUUACCCAAGAAGCAGAAAGAGAAGAAUUUUUUGAUGAAACAAGACGGCUUUGUGACCUUCGGCUCUUCCAACCCUUUUUAAAAGUAAUUGAACCAGUAGGCAACCGUGAAGAGAAGAUCCUCAAUCGAGAAAUUGGUUUUGUUAUUGGCAUGCCAGUGUGUGAAUUUGACAUGGUUAAAGAUCCAGAAGUCCAGGACUUCCGAAGGAACAUUCUGAAUGUUUGCAAAGAAGCCGUGGAUAUGCGGGAUCUCAACUCGCCUCACAGCAGAGCAAUGUAUGUCUACCCUCCCAAUGUAGAGUCUUCCCCAGAAUUGCCAAAGCACAUCUACAACAAGUUAGAUAAAGGACAAAUCAUAGUGGUGAUUUGGGUAAUCGUCUCUCCAAACAAUGACAAGCAGAAGUACACCCUGAAGAUCAACCAUGACUGUGUGCCAGAGCAAGUCAUUGCUGAAGCCAUCAGGAAGAAGACUCGGAGUAUGCUGCUCUCCUCUGAGCAGCUGAAACUCUGUGUCUUAGAAUACCAGGGCAAGUAUAUUCUGAAAGUGUGUGGCUGCGAUGAGUACUUCCUAGAAAAGUAUCCUCUGAGCCAGUACAAGUACAUCAGAAGCUGUAUAAUGCUGGGGAGGAUGCCCAACUUGAUGUUGAUGGCCAAGGAGAGCCUUUACUCUCAGCUGCCGAUGGAUAGCUUCACAAUGCCAUCCUACUCCAGGCGUAUCUCCACAGCCACGCCCUAUAUGAAUGGAGAGACAUCUACAAAAUCCCUCUGGGUUAUUAAUAGUGCACUCAGAAUCAAAAUUCUUUGUGCAACCUAUGUAAAUGUAAAUAUUCGAGACAUUGAUAAGAUCUAUGUUCGCACAGGUAUCUACCAUGGCGGAGAACCCUUAUGUGACAAUGUGAACACUCAAAGAGUACCUUGUUCCAAUCCUAGGUGGAAUGAAUGGCUGAAUUACGACAUAUACAUUCCUGAUCUUCCUCGUGCUGCUCGCCUCUGCCUUUCCAUUUGCUCUGUUAAAGGCCGAAAGGGUGCUAAGGAGGAGCACUGUCCAUUGGCCUGGGGAAAUAUAAACUUGUUUGAUUACACAGACACCCUAGUGUCCGGGAAAAUGGCUUUGAAUCUCUGGCCUGUACCACAUGGGUUAGAAGAUCUGCUGAACCCUAUUGGUGUUACUGGGUCAAAUCCAAAUAAAGAAACUCCUUGCUUAGAGCUGGAGUUUGAUUGGUUCAGCAGUGUGGUGAAGUUUCCCGACAUGUCUGUGAUUGAAGAGCAUGCCAACUGGUCUGUGUCCCGAGAAGCUGGGUUCAGUUACUCUCAUACAGGACUGAGUAACCGACUCGCCAGAGACAAUGAACUAAGAGAAAAUGACAAAGAACAGCUUCGAGCACUUUGCACCCGGGACCCACUGUCUGAAAUCACUGAACAAGAGAAAGACUUCCUAUGGAGCCACAGACACUACUGUGUAACUAUUCCUGAAAUCCUACCCAAGUUGCUUUUGUCUGUCAAGUGGAAUUCCAGAGAUGAAGUAGCCCAGAUGUACUGCUUAGUCAAAGACUGGCCUCCAAUCAAGCCUGAGCAGGCCAUGGAACUUCUGGACUGUAAUUACCCGGAUCCCAUGGUUCGGAGUUUUGCCGUUCGGUGCUUAGAAAAAUACUUAACAGAUGACAAACUUUCUCAGUACCUCAUUCAGCUCGUGCAGGUCUUAAAAUAUGAACAAUAUUUGGAUAACCUGCUUGUGAGAUUUUUACUCAAGAAAGCGUUGACAAAUCAAAGGAUUGGCCAUUUUUUCUUUUGGCAUUUAAAAUCUGAAAUGCACAAUAAGACUGUCAGUCAGAGGUUUGGCCUGCUGCUGGAGUCCUACUGCCGUGCCUGUGGGAUGUAUCUGAAGCACCUGAACAGACAAGUCGAGGCCAUGGAGAAGCUCAUCAACCUGACUGACAUCCUCAAGCAGGAGAAGAAGGAUGAGACACAAAAGGUACAGAUGAAGUUUUUGGUUGAACAAAUGAGACAGCCAGAUUUCAUGGAUGCUCUGCAGGGUUUUCUGUCUCCUCUGAACCCUGCUCAUCAACUAGGGAACCUCAGGCUUGAAGAGUGUCGAAUUAUGUCGUCUGCAAAAAGGCCACUAUGGUUGAAUUGGGAGAACCCAGACAUCAUGUCAGAGCUACUGUUUCAGAACAAUGAGAUCAUCUUUAAAAAUGGCGAUGAUUUGCGGCAAGAUAUGUUAACACUUCAGAUCAUCCGAAUUAUGGAGAACAUUUGGCAAAACCAAGGCCUUGACCUUCGAAUGCUACCUUACGGCUGUCUCUCCAUUGGGGACUGUGUGGGGCUUAUCGAAGUGGUGAGGAACUCUCACACCAUCAUGCAGAUCCAGUGCAAAGGAGGCCUGAAGGGGGCGCUGCAGUUCAACAGUCACACACUGCAUCAGUGGCUCAAGGACAAGAACAAGGGCGAGAUAUUGUGGCUUAUCCCAGCACCCAAGAGGCUAACCCAGGAAGAUUGUUGUAUGCUAUAUGACGCAGCCAUUGACCUGUUCACGAGGUCGUGUGCUGGGUACUGUGUGGCAACUUUCAUCUUGGGAAUUGGAGACCGGCACAAUAGCAACAUCAUGGUGAAAGACGAUGGACAGCUGUUUCAUAUAGAUUUUGGGCACUUUUUGGAUCACAAGAAGAAAAAAUUUGGUUAUAAACGGGAACGUGUGCCGUUUGUUUUGACUCAAGAUUUCUUAAUAGUGAUUAGUAAAGGAGCCCAGGAGUACACAAAGACCAGAGAGUUUGAGAGGUUUCAGGAGAUGUGUUAUAAGGCUUACCUAGCAAUUCGGCAGCAUGCCAAUCUCUUCAUCAACCUUUUCUCAAUGAUGCUUGGCUCUGGAAUGCCGGAACUGCAGUCUUUUGAUGACAUUGCGUACAUUCGAAAGACUCUAGCCUUAGACAAAACUGAGCAAGAGGCUUUGGAGUAUUUCACAAAACAAAUGAACGAUGCACACCACGGCGGCUGGACAACAAAAAUGGAUUGGAUCUUCCACACCAUCAAGCAGCAUGCCUUGAACUGAGAUGGGAGCUGGGAACUGCAAGCUGGCGCAUUGUUUCUCCACUGCAUGGCAGUGAGUGACAACAGGCAGAUGGUGGCACGGGGAUGGCACAGUCAGGAACAACAUGCUCUAUAAUUGAAACACUGUACACGCAAACAGGGUUCGAUAGCACUAAACUAGUUCAUCUCAGAAUCCAGCUUUAGAAUAACGAGCAAUUUCAUGUUAUGCCUUAAGUCCAAAAAAAGGUAAACUUUGAAGAUUGUUUGUAUCUUUUUUUAAAAAAACAAAACAAAACAAAAAUCCCCAAAAUACAUACAAAUGAUGGAGACGAAAAGAGAAUGCUGUUCUGUUUGUCUUGCCAGGGUUCUGUUUACAAUGUGGACACAACCAAGGCUGUGACUGCUUUAGGUCUGAGUAAGCUGGAGUUUAUAUUAAGUAAAUGAAAUUGGAGAAGAAUGGAAAUCCCUAUUUUCCCAUUGCUGUUCAGACUUAUGGUUUGAAGUGGGGAUUUUGACUCCCUGCUUAAUGAGGAACAACAUUUGGGGUGAAGGGACUCGUUUUUUGCUUUGAACAAGCAGCCCUUUGAUGGACUUGGGGUCUCCCCUGUGGUUGGGAAAGCAGUCACAAGUGACAACCUGCAGACAGCUGUGUUCUUGUUGGGUUUUGGUUUUUGUUGUUUUUUUCUGGACAGUAUUUACAAGGAUCUGACUUAUUUCCUAGGGAAAUUCUGGGCUGACAUCAAGUACAGCAGUGAUGUAGAGGAGGCCAGCAGGGCUCCUGUUUCUGACCUGUACAGUAUUCACUUUGAGCUGAUUGUUUCUUCUUUGCAAUUGAACUGAGUACUUUUUUCAUGCAUGUUUUCCAGAAAAUAGAAGUGAGUAUUAAUGUUAUUAAAAAGAUUAUUUUUUUUUAUUAAAGGCUAUUUAUAUUAUAGAAACUAUCAUUAAUAUAUAUUCUUUAUUUACAUAAUCUGUCCCAUAGUCAUGCAUUGUUUUGCACCCCAAAUUUUUUAUCGUUGGUAACAGCAUGGUUAGCUUUUCUCUUGGUCUGUAGAUGAGGCUCAGGCACUAUUCCAUUUAUCCAGAUCCCCUGUAUGACUCCCUAAGGAACAGGUUGAGCUGCACACGCUUUCCUUCCACUGCUGUCCGUUUUCACCCAAUGCCCUCAUCGUCCAUUCAUCUGUAGUUGAGAAUGGCACACCCCUCUGAAACCAGUUACUAGAUGAAUACAAAGUAGACUAUCAUCCUGACUCUUAAGCCCUCUGCUGAGGUCUGCUCAUGAAUGACUUUUAUAUUAUGAGAGACUAGAAACCAUGAAUUUUUUUUUACCUUCGUGAGCUAUGUAUUCAUAUCUCAAUGAUAAAAGUAAGGACAUUAACCCACUUUACUAUCAUGUCCCAUUUCAAAGUGGUCAGGUCUCACACCAACUUCAUUAUUACAUCCCGCACAGAGUGCAAUAUUGAGCAUUCUGAAAUCAUCCAUCUAAGAUGUAGGGCUAAUGUUAGUGGUCACUCUAGAUUUCUACUCAGUGUUUGAAUGAUUCCUGUCCUAGAAAAUAGCUUUAGCAGAUGUUCAGAUGCCACACCAAAAAAAAAAAAGAAAAAAAGUGAAAAAAAAGAAUAAAUAAAAAGAAAAAAAGAAAAAAUGUGCAAUAAUUUCCUGACAGUUCCUAGCUUAGGUGUGUUCCUGGAGAGCCUCUUUACGAAGAGUGCACACGUACACUCUACAGCAGCAGCAUCCCUUUGAAGCACUCGUCUGUGAGGCCAGACACCUAGAGUAGAAGUUCUGAAUAGUAAAUGGGACUCUAAUAAAAAUACUCUUAAUAUCUGGCUAUUUUAGAACCCUUAAAGGGCAUAAUUAUUGAAGAUUUAGGUACUUCACUAAAGCAUGUAUAUAUUAUUGCCAACAAGAAAACCUGAAUAUUAGGGGAACUUAGUUCUGUAAACUGUCUUGGAAUAGUUAAUCAAAAUUUAAACUGUUUUAAGCAGAAAACCAGAUAGAUUCUUUUGCAGAUAUAGAAAACUUCCUAACUUAUUUACUUGGCAUUUAACACUUUGUGUUACUUAGAUAUGCAGUUGCUAGGUACUAACAUCCCAUUCUUUUCUAUAUCAGGGAUUAUUACAGUCAAACUCAGUGACAUGGUACAAAUCUACAGCUUUGAUGGUGGGAACUGAAGAGUUACAAAAAGAACUGUGUUUUCCUGAGUGCCAAAACAAAAACAAAAAACAAAAGCCGUGAGCCUCCUUGCACAAAAUUGGUAGUUUUUGCCUUUUUUUUUUGCAUUAGUUCAAGUAGUUACCACCUUCUAGAGUCUCUACACAGUUAAAACACAACCACCUAGCUUACUAUGCCAUUGUCAACCACAUUAAUUGUACUGACAGAAAAUCUAUGUUCUAUAAAGGAUAUAAGUAAAGAAAGAAAGGAGAAUGGUUUGUAUUAAAAAAGACUAAAACUCAAAUCGAAAUUGGGGUGAUCAAAAUGUGUUUCCAGCAAGCAAUAAUGUGCCACUCCCAGGUGCUCGAGAACCAGAAGGCCCUGUGGAGCAAUCACCUCUGUAAAUGGUAUCCUUGUCAUUGAAUAUUGUGUCAAUCUUGACUUUGGCUCCAUAUUUCACUAAGUCACUUGAGGAUGUUUCGUCAGUAAUUAUUUCUGAAAGGAGAGAGAGCAAAUCUAAAGAAACUAAGUAGACGGUAGCGAGAAGUACCUGCAGUCAUGCUCUCACUCUCACCGUCUCAGCGAUACAAAGCCUUUAGUUUGAAGAUUUUUAGACUGCUGUUAAUUUGAAAUCUGUUCAUCUUACUGUGGAGUUUGAUUUGUCUGUUUGUUUGCUUUCUGUUUGUUUUUAAAAAUGUUUCUAAUUAGAGUUUUUACAAGAAGAAUGGAAUCUGGUUGCUAUUUUAUCGUAGAACCUGAGACUUUGUGGUUCUUCAUGUCCUCUGUAAAACUUGGUGUCAGAGUCAUCAGAUUUGAGGUUGUCCCUUCUACUCUGCUUUAUAUUACUGCCCAUCAGGAAAUGGGAGCCUGGUGAAUAUAUAAUGAAUUGUAAAAUAUUUUAAUGUGUAACUUUUUCAACUGUGAAACUGACUCGGGUUUUUUUGAUGAAAACAGCUGCUGAUAAAGUA